AACUAGUUCAAAUCCCCAAACCCAGAUUAUAAAUUAAAAACAAAAACAAAAAAGCCAAGAAAACCAUGUUUUUUUUCUUUUCUGAAAAUUUAGUUUUCGCUUAGCAAACAAGCCUGGUGUCAGGAUCUCUUGGCGGAAUCUCCUAGAAGAGAGUCUCUCGAGCUGGACUUGUGCAGUCAUUUCCUCGAACCAACACACUCGCCCCCCGUUUCUAGCUUUCUCAAUUUAAAGUUUUCAAUCUUUUCUCUGUUUACCAGAUAAGCGUAGGGUCUGCGAAAGUUCAUAUUGCUAUUAAUUGAAUUGUUAGCUGUUCAUAUUGGUUUCAAGGGUAAGGUGGCACUGAGAAGCUGUUGAUUGAAGGUUGGGGCUUUAGUCCAAUCCAGUCUUUAUAGUCUUCCUUAGUUGAUGAUAUUGUGCUGCUAGUUCCUGUUUCAGCAUGAACAACUCAUUUGGUGAUGAUUAUGAUGAAGCAACUGUUGCAGGAUUUGAAGUUUUAAGAUCACCUGAUGCAAGUUACAACAAUGUAUACCCUGGGAAUGAAGACGAGGCACGGGAUCCACCUCUUGCCCCUCCACAUCUGCAACAGACCUUACUUAGUUAUCCAGCAAGCGCGGACACUGCUGGAACUCUUCCGUUGCCACAGAAUGUGACCCUUAAUCAUCUUUACAUUGAGAACCGGGAGAGCCCACGAUCUGUAGUUGCACUUGGGUUCACUCAUCGCUUUCGUUCAAAAUUCGUUACAGUUGUGCUUUACAAACCAGUUCAAAGAAGGGGGACUACCAGCACUUAGAACUUGAAUAUUAGGAUACACCUAAAUUAGGUUUGGUAUAUCUAGUCCUUGUUAUGGUGCAAGGAGUGGAAUAAACCCAAAUUCAAAACUAGUAGUGAAGGAUGCUUAUUUCCUCACAGAAACUUAUGAACUUAGGUUUGAUUUGUUAAAGUUCCUCAUUCUGCAGGGUAGAUUUGCUGUACUGUGCAGUUGUACAUUUAAACUUUUAAGUAUUCUUUCAACUGGGAUACAAAAUGGGUUGGCGGGUUAGGUUAUGGUCUCAUAUGAGAAUGAUUCAUAUGAAAUGCGUGGAAGCAUGUGCAUGCAUUUGUGAAUAUAAAAUGCCUGCUUUAUACAGAUGAGGAAGCCCUGUCCUUGUAUGACUUAGCAUGCAAAUAUGCAUCGAACAUGCACUCAAUUAUUUUCCAUAAUUUGACCGAGAAGCUUAUCUCUUGGGGAAGUUUUUUCUUUAUUUC